AUGGCCCAAAUGACGGCCGCCACUAGGUCGACGAAGACCGCAAGGCAAUUGGCAAAGAUCAGAGAAGUAAGGAAGGUCAAAGGCGCCAUCCGAUGGCACGAACGCGCCCGCGAACAGCGCCACAAAAUCGUAAAGGAGCGCUUCGACGACAGACGGGUCUUCAAUGAAGUCAGGAAAUGGAGACAAGAUAACGUCGUUAAGCCCAUCAAAGAAGCGAAGAGGAAUCUUAGGGAAGACUACGAGCUGGGCCCGCUGCGACCGAAUCGCGCCGUUGGUCCCGGAGCAGACAAAUAUGGUGUCUUGAGCAUGGAGCAGCUGAGGAGACCACCUAUCGCCGUCGACACGUGGAGGCGCAAGAACGAGGCCAGAGAAGCUAAGGGUGUGGAGCCUGAAUAUCCGCUUGUGGUGGACGACAAAAAAUAUUUCCCCGUCGCUGUCGAUGACCGUGUAAUGGUCUUGAAGGGCAGAGAGCAAGGCAAAAUUGGUGUUGUUCAGGAUGUUCUUGCCGAGUCGCACGAGAUUCUGAUCAAAGACAUCAACAAGCACUACACCGAUGGUCGGAUAUUCUUCACCCCCGAAGGCGAGAUCCCCGAAUCGAAACGCGAAAUUGAAGUCCCGCUGCCGUUAGAGGAUGUUCGCCUUGUAAUUCCCUACCGGAUGAUAAGUCAGGAUGCAGACGGCAACGAGGUACAUACCUGGAACGAUGUUGUCGUCGAUAAGAUCGUCAUGGAGCGCCACACCACGGGUAGAGACCCAUUCACGGACAUCGAUUACGGCACUCAAGAAUUUCCAGAAGAGCACCGCUUCGACCCUGAAACCGGGCUUGCCAUCUUCAACCGCUACAUCGCCGGCACCCGCCAACGCAUUCAAUGGCCUUGGGAGACUGUCCUCCCAGAAACAGAAGAAGUCGCCCAGUCAACCAGCAGCAAAGAAGACAACACAUCUCUCAUCGGAAAGCUCAAAUCUCCCAUCAAGACCCUCAGAUCCACGCUCGCCAAGCGCAAAGAAUCAGACCAAACCGCAACGACCUCUCAGACCGAAGAUCAAAUAGAAGCCGAAAAGCUGCAAUCCAAGCUCGACCAAGUCAACCAGGUCCCAGAGCUCCCACGCAGCUCGCCCGCAAAUCUCCCCCCAGACUACGACGACGACACCGGCCGCAACAAAGCCGAGCCCUCGCCCCACACCUCCUCCUUCUACCCGACGCUCGUCUACCCGCCAUUCCCGUCCGAGCUCACCUCCGAAAUCCAGGAGCACGCCAAGGAAGUCGAUACAGCUGAGCGCAACGAUAAGCAAGACUGGUACGCAGACGCGAAGGAGGUCACGCCGGAGGAGCGAGCAGAGCGCAAGGCGGCGAAGGUGGAGAAGCUCAGGCGGAAGGGCGUGCCUGAGAGCAUGAAGACGCCGUUGCAGCUGAGGUGGGAGGUUGAGCGGAAGAAUAAGCUGGAGGCGAAGGAGAAGAGCAAGGUGGAUAGGGAGGCGUUAAUGAUUGCGUUGGGAAGGCAUAUGGAGGCUAAGAGGGCGGCGAGGAGUCCGGCGAAGGGUGAAGCCGUGGCGGAGCUGGAUUAG